AUGACAAAUUUUUGGUCUACUGAAUUUUUCUCAACAGUCGUCUUGGAGACUGCAGAUCUGAUUGCAUUGUGGAUGUCUGUGGGGUUUGCACAUGGUGUGUACAAUACAGAUAACUUCAGUUUAUUAUCCAUAACAAUAGACUAUGAUCCAUUUGGAUUUAUGGAUUCUCAUGACCCAAAUCUUGUUCCAAACACGUCUGAUGAUGAAAGGAAGUAUAAAAUGGGAAACCAGGCAAAUGUUAUGUUGCUGUUUAAUCUAAGCAAGCUGUUACAAGCUCUAAAACCUUUAUUGGAUCCCAGGCAAAAGCAGCUAGCUUCCCAGGUUUUGAAGUAGUAUGGUGACCGCUAUUACAUCCAUAUGCACUUUACAGAACUAUUUAAAACAAAUAUGGGUCUUGGGGAGAAUGAGGAUGAUAAUUAUUUGAUUGCUUUCCUCCUAAAACUUAUGGAAGAUACAAAGGCUGACCUCACAUUGAAAUGACUUUUCAAUGUAAAUGUCAUUGAAAUAAUAUUUCGACAGCUCAGUGAAACUACUGAAGACCAGUUAAAGGAGCUCCACAUUCCUGAGGAGUCCUGGACUCCCCGGGAUCUGGGUAAACACAAGUUAUUUUCAGAAUGGGUUACUAUGUACCUCUUGAGAUUGAAUUGGUUUGUCUGCUACAGCAGAUCUUACAACACCCCUUACAGAGACAGCAGGCUGCAGUGAGAGCAGGUUACUCCCAGCUUGGGCCAAGGAUCUUAAAGUGAGCUGUUCAUCCUGAGAGAAAACUGACCAAGCAAGAAAGAUGAUCGAGAUAGACUGGAGCUCAGGCCUUCAAACAGGAUCAGUGGAUCAAGCCACAGGAACUUUUCUCCCUUACACUGUGUGGACUGAAAUCUGGUACUCUGCUAGCCAAGACAAAGUUGUCUUAGCAACUUUAUAAAAGAUUAGAGAAGGGGACCACUAUGUAUGGUUGCAUCAACAAAUUAUAUUGGUGUUUAUAACUCUGCCUUUUCUCUUCAGUUGUGCAUUUAUUUGAGUCCCAAUAUUUAAGUUCUCCCAAGCCGUCACACUUAACUUCUCAGAGUUCAUGGCUGAUCAGAUAUGUACAAGCAAAACAGCAUGUUGUGAUGAAAUCUGUGAAUGCCAGCAUUACCACCUGCAGUGGAACAAGUUACACUGCACCUAAGUGAUGAUUGGAAGGUGAAUGUAUUUGUGCCUGCAGGGUAAAUACAGCACCACUACAGCUUGGACCCUGGUUUCCAGUUAGGUGAAAGGAAAGAACUCUGUGCUGAACCAAACAUCUGUUAAGAUAGUUUUGUGUGUGAUCCAAACAUGACUGCCUGUGCAUCUUCACCUCAUGGAGUAACUGUCAGAGGACAGAUCUGAGGAGUAGUGGUGUUGACCCCCCACAUGUAGGUUUUUCCCACACUAACCUUUCUAAUCCUAAGGACUGAUGGAAAAGCGGUCGCUUGAAGUUGGUCCUUCCACAUCAGUGAUGUAAGAGUCCAAAGAUGACAGCUGCUGAGACUGCUUCCAGUUGAGCUCCAACUCUACUAGAGAGGCAGGCACAGUGUUCCCUCACUGGCUGGCUCUGUGAGUGCUGCUCCACCACCCCUGGCUGUCCUUAUGGAGUGAAGCAAGACUAGAGCCAAUUCUUACCUCAGUCUGAUGGCAGAAUGGU